UCCCUCCGUGUAAGGACGAGGAGGAGACGAACACAACCAUUUUGGACGCCAGAGGACAACCCAGCCAGCCAGCCAGCCAGCCGGCCAGCCAGCGACAUCACCCCGCUCUGGCACCUCGCUUUCCGGGAACACCGAGCUCACCGAGCCCCCUUCCUCCAUGGAGGCCGGAGGCUGCUAGCAGAAGCCCGGGGAGGACGAGGAGGAGGCGGGUAUCGAAUUAACGACGACGGCGCGCACUCGCUGCUAGCAUCACAGCUCUACAAACAAGCGGCGACUAGAGAGCGGGCACCCCCGAGGCCAUGGCGGCGGCUUCUGUGAAGGUGGCGGUCCGAGUCCGCCCGUUCAACUCCAGGGAGAUAGGGAAAGAGAGCAAAUGCAUCAUUCAGAUGUCUGGAAACACCACCACCAUCAUCAACCCCAAACAGGCCAGAGACAACAAGAGCUUCAACUUUGAUUACUCCUACUGGUCCCACACCACGCCGGAGGAUGCCAACUACGCGUCCCAGAUGCUGGUCUACAAAGACAUCGGAGAGGAAAUGCUGCUCCACGCCUUCGAGGGCUACAACGUCUGCAUCUUCGCCUACGGCCAGACGGGCGCCGGCAAGUCCUACACCAUGAUGGGCAAGCAGGACGUGAAGGAUCAACAGGGGAUCAUCCCAUUGUUAUGUGAGGAUCUGUUUACAAAAAUCAACGACCACACAGACAACAGCAUGUCUUACUCUGUGGAGGUGAGCUACAUGGAGAUCUACUGCGAGCGCGUGCGCGACCUGCUCAACCCUAAAAACAAAGGCAACCUCCGAGUGCGAGAGCAUCCUCUGAUGGGACCCUACGUGGAGGACCUGUCCAAGCUGGCCGUCACCGACUACAACGACAUCCAGGACCUGAUGGACUCUGGCAACAAGGCCAGGACUGUGGCCGCGACCAACAUGAACGAGACCAGCAGUCGCUCCCACGCCGUCUUCAACAUCAUCUUCACUCAGAAACGCCACGAUGCCGACACUGACAACACCUUAGAGAAGGUCAGUAAGAUCAGUUUGGUGGACUUGGCCGGCAGCGAAAGAGCCGAUUCCACCGGAGCCAAAGGAACCAGGCUGAAGGAAGGAGCUAACAUCAACAAGUCUCUAACCACGCUGGGAAAAGUCAUCUCCGCUUUGGCAGAAGUGGACUCGGGACCCAACAAGAACAAAAAGAAGAAGAAGGCAGAAAGUUUUAUUCCCUACAGAGACUCCGUCCUGACCUGGCUGCUCCGAGAGAAUCUGGGUGGGAACUCUCGCACCGCCAUGGUCGCCGCGCUGAGCCCGGCCGACAUCAACUAUGACGAGACGCUCAGCACGCUCAGGUACGCCGACCGCGCCAAGCAGAUCCGCUGCAACGCCGUCAUCAACGAGGAUCCCAACAACCGGCUGGUGCGCGAGCUGAAGGAGGAGGUGUCUCGUCUCAAGGAGCUCCUCUUCGCCCAGGGUCUGGGCGACAUCAUCGACACAUUUCCAGGCUCCGCCGCUGAGAUCCAGGGUUUGAAAUUGACCAACGCCAUGACGGGCAUGAGUCCCUCCCCGUCUCUGUCCGCCUUGUCCAGCCGGGCCGGAUCCAUCGCCAGCCUGCACGACCGCAUCAUGUUCAGCCCGGGCAGCGAGCAGGCCAUCGAGCGCCUUAAGGAAACGGAGAAGAUCAUCGCCGAGCUUAACGAGACGUGGGAGGAGAAACUUCGCCGCACAGAAGCCAUUCGAAUGGAACGGGAGGCCCUGCUGGCAGAAAUGGGCGUGGCCAUGCGAGAGGACGGCGGGACAGUGGGCGUCUUCUCCCCGAAGAAGACGCCUCAUCUGGUCAACCUCAACGAGGACCCCCUCAUGUCCGAGUGUCUGCUCUACUACAUCAAGGAUGGCAUCACAAGGGUGGGUCGUCUGGAUGCCAGUAGCCGCCAGGACAUCGUCCUCAGUGGUCACUUCAUCAUGGACCAGCACUGCACCUUCACCAGCUGCACUGAUGUGCAGGGAGAGACCGUGGUCCUCCAGCCGUGUGAAGAAGCCCUGACCUAUGUCAACGGCAAGAGAGUGACCCAGCCCACAGUUCUCAGAUCAGGAAACCGCAUUAUCCUGGGGAAGAGCCACGUGUUCCGCUUCAACCACCCGGAGCAGGCCCGAGCCCAGAGGGAGAGGACCCCCUGUGCCGAAACCCCCGCAGAGCCCGUGGACUGGGCCUUUGCCCAGAGGGAGCUGCUGGACAAGCAGGGCAUUGACAUGAAGCAGGAGAUGGAACAAAGGCUGCAGGAGCUGGAGGAGCAGUACCGCAAAGAAAGAGAGGAGGCCAACAACCUGCUGGAGCAGCAAAGACUGGACUACGAGAGCAAGCUGGAGGCUCUUCAGAAGCAGGUGGAUCGUUAUUACCCAGAAGCCCCUGAGGAAGAGGAGGAGCCAGAAGAAGAAGUGGCGUGGAGCCACAAGGAGCGAGAGCUGGCGGUGCGGACCUUCCGCAGGUGGAGGUCUUACCAGUUCACCUCCCUGCGGGACCUGCUGUGGGGCAACGCCAUCUUCCUCAAGGAGGCCAACGCCAUCAGCGUGGAGCUGAAGAAGAAGGUCCAGUUCCAGUUUGUGCUGCUGACAGACACCCUCUACUCGCCUCUACCGCCUGACCUGCUGCCGGCCAGCAAAGACCUGGACCACACGCACUUUCCUCAGACCAUGGUUGCCGUGGAGGUGCAGGACCAGAAGAACGCAGCCACUCACUACUGGACCUUGGAAAAACUAAGGCAGAGACUGGAUCUCAUGAGGGAGAUGUACGACCGCGCCGCUGAGGUUCCUCCUGCCACCACGUCAACAGACGACGGCGAGAGCGCCAUGACGGGCAGCGACCCUUUCUACGACCGCUUCCCAUGGUUCCGUCUGGUCGGCAGAAACCCUCUUUUCAACACUUGCAUGAGCGAGCGCAUGAGCGAGCCCACCCCGUCCCCGACCCUCUCCAGCUCUGAAAUGACCGAGCCUGCGGAGGGUCGAGGGGAGGAGGAGGAGGAGUUGGAGGACCUGGACGAUGAUAUCUUUUUGGACGACUCAUGCUUGGAGCUGGGGGGAGAGGAGGAGGAGGAUGAUGAUGAUGAGGAGGAGGAGGAGGAGGAGCGAGAGCUCUGCCCAGGCUCCAGCGAAGGCCAGGAUCCCUUUUACGACCGCUCGCCGUUAUUCAGUGUAGUGGGAAGGUCCUUUGUCUACCUCAGCAACCUGCUCUACCCAGUGCCCCUGGUCCACCGCGUGGCCGUGGUCAGCGAGAAGGGAGACGUGAAGGGUUUCCUGCGAGUGGCGGUGCAGGCCAUAUCGGCCGACGAGGAGGCCCCGGACUAUGGCUCCGGAGUGAGGCAGUCGGGCACGGCCAAGAUCUCCUUUGAGGACCAGCAGUAUGAGAAGUUCCAGUCAGAGUCCUGCUCGGCGGGCCUGUCCCGGACCGGGACCUCCCAGGAGGAGCUUCGGAUCGUAGAAGGCGAGGGUCAGAGCGCCGAGAUGGGACCCUCAGCGGACGAAGUCAACAAUAACACAUGUGCGGCCGGUGGCGAAGAAGGCGAGCCCGGUCUGGACGACCAGACGGACACUCCGGAGCACCUCAGAGUGGGCAGCGUUUUCACCUUUCGGGUGACGGUGUUGCAAGCCUCCAGUAUCUCCGCAGAGUACGCCGACAUCUUCUGCCAGUUCAAUUUCAUUCACCGCCACGAUGAGGCCUUCUCCACUGAGCCCCUGAAGAACACAGGCUGGGGCCCCCCGCUGGGCUUCUACCACGUGCAGAAUAUCGCGGUGGAAGUGACCAAGUCCUUGGUGGACUACAUCAAGACCCAGCCUCUGGUGUUUGAGGUGUUUGGACACUACCAGAAGCAGCCUUUUCUUCCCCUCUGUAAAGACGUCAUCAGUCCACUGCGGCCGUGCAGGAGACAGUUCCCACGCGUGAUGCCUCUGUCCCAACCAGUACCUGCCACCAAGCUGACAGCCGUGACCCGCCCACAAGCCGGGCCGUGCCACUGCAAAUAUGACCUGAUGGUUUUAUUCGAGAUCUGCGAGCUGGAGGCCAACGGGGAUUACAUCCCUGCUGUGGUGGACCACAGAGGAGGGAUGCCUUGUCACGGCACCUUCCUGCUGCACCAGGGCCUCCAGAGGAGAAUCACUGUGACCAUAGUCCACGAGUCAGGGGGCGACAUUGAAUGGAGGGAUGUCCGAGAGCUUGUUGUGGGACGUCUCCGCAACACGCCUGAAUCUGACGAGACCCUGGUGGACCCUAAUAUUCUGUCCCUCAACAUCUUGUCUGCCGGCUACGUCAAGCCCUUGCAGGACGACAGACAGUUUCUUGAUUCGGACAUGCCUAGGACCUUCUAUCGCUUUGAGACGGCCUGGGACAGCUCCAUGCACAACUCCUUGCUCCUCAACCGGGUGACGCCGUGCGGGGAGAAGAUCUACAUGACACUGUCUGCCUACUUGGAGAUGGAGAGGUGCACCCAGCCGGCCGUCAUCACCAAAGACAUCUGCAUGCUCUUCUAUUCUCGCGACACCAAGCUCUCUUCCUCUCGCUCCAUCCGCAACCUUUUUGGCACAGGAAGUCUGAGAGCGGCAGACGGGAACCGUGUCAGCGGCGUGUACGAGGUCAGCUUGUGCAACCUGGCCGACGCAGGAAGUCCAGGCAUGCAGAGACGACGCAGGCGGGUGCUGGACACCUCGGUGGCGUACGUGCGCGGGGAGGAGAACCUGGCCGGGUGGAGGCCUCGCAGCGACAGCCUGAUCCUGGAGCACCAGUGGGAGCUGGAGAAACUCAGCCUGCUUCAAGACGUGGAGAAGACCAAACAUUUCCUCCUGCUGAGAGAGAAGCUGGAGUCCACCCUGCUGGACGCUCACACAGAAGAACUUCUCAGCCACCAGCCGGAUGUGGUCGGCGCCUCGGAGCUCACCAGCGAGAGGCAGCGCCAGCUCGCCAUGAAGGUUGUGCCUCGCUCACACUCUCCCGUCUGUUGCCAGGAUACGGCAGGUAAAUGUGAACAAACUUUGUCCACGCAGUGUCUGCGCCUGCUGUCUCACUCCUUCGACCGGGAGCACCGCCACCUGUGUGUCAGCGCCAGUGAGAGCAAGAUAUCGCAGAUGUCCGUCACCACGCUCGGAGACUCCGCCUCCGUCUCCGCCCUCAACACCAUCACGCCCUCCUCCACCUGCCCUUCCCUGGUGGAGGGUUGCUAUAGCAACGCUGAACUCAGACCUCCCGCUCUUCGCUCCCGUGCCGUCAGCCCGGGUCCUGACACGCAGCAGGACGCGGGUCCCGACACGCAGCAGGACGCAGACGCCAAGACGUGUGAAGAGAAACCUCGCAUCCGUAGAUUUGUCCCCGACAUCCAGGAGAUCCGAGUCAGCCCCAUCGUGUCCAAGAAAGGCUAUCUGCACUUCUUGGAUCCGCACACCAACAGCUGGGUGAAGCGCUACGUGGUGGUGCGCCGGCCCUACGUCUACAUUUACAACACGGAGCGUGACGGCGUGGAGCGCGCCAUCCUCAAUCUGUCCUCCGCUCAGGUGGAGUACAGUGAGGACCAGCAGGCCAUGCUGAAGACCCCCAACACCUUUGCUGUGUGCACGGAGCAUCGUGGGAUAUUACUUCAAGCCAGCAGUGACAAGGACAUGCAUGACUGGCUGUAUGCCUUCAACCCUCUCCUGGCAGGGACCAUCAGGUCAAAGUUGUCCAGAAGACGAGUGGGACAGAUGAGGAUGUGAGGACCAAGGGCAAAAGGGGUCCGGGGGGGAGGGUCAUGACAAAGACUUGACUUGUACAUAGAAAGUCCCUCCCCCGCGACCACGAAGGCCCACCCGGCGGCGAGGACGAGGCGUCCCUGUCAUACGUGUGGUGAUGUAGUUGUUGUCCUGGGGCAUGAUUCUCUUCUCUCGCUGCUCCACACCUCUUUUUCUUUACCUGCCUCGCUUAUUUAUUCCCGCAUGGAUUUAUUUACAAAGACAUUUAUAUUUCUAAAGUACGGUGCAAUUUCUGCACACUGCACUUUGUAAGGAGCUCGUCGCUGUUUCCCUCCGUCACGUUGGCCACCCGCGGGAAACGUCCGCUUUUCAGUUUGGCCGAGUCAGCAGAAUAAUGUCAUGCAGUGCCUCUCUCUCUUUCUCUCUCUCUCUCACUCUCUCUCUCUCGCUUCAGUUUGCCUCUGAUCAGGGUGUUGUCAGUCUGUGACCUUCAUGCUGCGACCUUCAUCUUCUCUUCUGUCCCAACAGCGAGCCAUGUCCGCUCCUGGCAUGGCGCCCACCAAAUACCCCCGUCCAAUUGACCAAGUUAGGGUACCAGUUUGGCGAUCACUCCAGCAGCACUGAGAGCAGACUCAGCCGAACUACCUCUCGGUCGUUUUUGCAAAAGAAAUUGACUAAAAAAAACAAAAAACGCUCCAACAUGACGUUAAGUAAGGCUCCGCUUCUCUGAAAAUGCGCUAGCUUGAUGCUAAUAUACAUUGUUUUUGCUAUUGACAUGCUAGCUGGCAGGCACGAGACAUUGAAACAACGUUGAGAACUGGUUGAAUUAGGUCCUGACGUCGAGCAACUCAAACAUCACGUUGAAACAACAUACUUUUUGAUGACGUUUAAUCAAUGUUGGGUUUUGUCGUUGAUUUGACCUUUGAACUUUGGUCAUUUCCCAAACAAUAUUCUACAACACAAAAUACAACGUUGAAACAACAUGCUUUUUGACAACGUUUAAUCAAUGUCAGGUUGUGAUGUUGAUUUGACCGUUGAAUUUUGGUCAUUUCCCAACCAAUAUUCUACAACACAAAUACAACGUUGAAACAACAUGCUUUUUAACAACGUUUAAUCAAUGAUACAACGUUGAAACAACAUGCUUUUUGACAACGUUUAAUCAAUGUUGGGUUUUGUCGUUGAUUUGACAUUGAAUUUUGGUCAUUUCCCAAACAAUAUUCUACAACACAAACAUAACGUUGAAACAACAUACUUUUUGAUGACGUUUAAUCAAUGUUGGGUUCUGACGUUGAUUUGACCGUUGAAUUUUGGUCAUUUCCCAACCAAUAUUCUACAACACAAAUACAACGUUGAAACAACAUACUUUUUAACAACGUUUAAUCAAUGUUGGGUUUUGUCAUUGAUUUGACCUUUGAACUGUGGUCAUUUCCCAAACAAUAUUCUACAACACAAAAUACACUGUUGAAACAACAUGCUUUUUGACGACGUUUAAUCAAUGUUGGGUUGUGACGUUGAUUUGACCAUUGAAUUUUGGUCAUUUCCCAAACAAUAUUCUACAACACAAAUACAACAUUGAAACAACAUGCUUUUUGACGACGUUUAAUCAGUGUUGGGUUUAGACGUUGAUUUGACAUUGAAUUUCGGUCAUUUCCCAACACAAAUACAACGUUGAAACUACAUGCUUUUUGACGGCGUUUAAUCAAUGUUGGGUUGUGACGUUGAUUUGACAUUGAAUUUUGGUCAUUUCCCAAACAAUAUUCUACAACACAAAUACAACAUUGAAACAACAUGCUUUUUGACAACGUUUAAUCAAUGUUGGGUUUUGUCGUUGAUUUGACCUUUGAACUUUGGUCAUUUCCCAACCAAUAUUCUACAACUCAAACAUAACGUUGAAACAACAUUCUUUUUGACAAUGUUUAAUCAAUGUCAGGUUGUGAUGUUGAUUUGACCGUUGAAUUUUGGUCAUUUCCCAAACAAUAUUCUACAACACAAAUACAACGUUAAACAACAUGCUUUUUGACAACAUUUAAUCAAUGUUGGGUUUUGUCGUUGAUUUGACAUUGAAUUUUGGUCAUUUCCCAAACAAUAUUCUAUAACACAAAUACAACGUUGAAACAACAUGCUUUUUGACGACGUUUAAUCAAUGUUGGGUUUUGUCGUUGAUUUGACAUUGAAUUUUGGUCAUUUCCCAACCAAUAUUCUACAACACAAAUACAACGUUGAAACAACAUGCCUUUUGAUAACGUUUAAUCAAUGUUGGGUUUUGUCGUUGAUUUGACAUUGAAUUUUGGUCAUUUCCCAAACAAUAUUCUAUAACACAAAUACAACGUUGAAACAACAUGCUUUUUGACGACGUUUAAUCAAUGUUGGGUUUUGUCGUUGAUUUGACAUUGAAUUUUGGUCAUUUCCCAACCAAUAUUCUACAACACAAAUACAACGUUGAAACAACAUGCCUUUUGAUAACGUUUAAUCAAUGUUGGCUCCUGACGUCGAGCAACUCAAACAUAACGUUGAAACAACAUCCUUUUUGACAACGUUUAUUCAAUGUCAGAUUGUGAUGUUGAUUUGACCAUUGAAUUUUGGUCAUUUUCCAACCAAUAUUCUACAACACAAAUACAACGUUGAAACAACAUGCUUUUUGACGACGUUUAAUCAAUGUUGGGUUUUGUCGUUGAUUUGACAUUGAAUUUUGGUCAUUUCCCAACCAAUAUUCUACAACACAAAUACAAUGUUGAAACAACAUGCUUUUUGACGACGUUUAAUCAAUGUUGGGUUUUGUCGUUGAUUUGACAUUGAAUUUUGGUCAUUUCCCAACCAAUAUUCUACAACACAAAUACAACGUUGAAACAACAUGCCUUUUGAUAACGUUUAAUCAAUGUUGGCUCCUGACGUCGAGCAACUCAAACAUAACGUUGAAACAACAUCCUUUUUGACAACGUUUAUUCAAUGUCAGAUUGUGAUGUUGAUUUGACCAUUGAAUUUUGGUCAUUUUCCAACCAAUAUUCUACAACACAAAUACAACGUUGAAACAACAUGCUUUUUGACGACGUUUAAUCAAUGUUGGGUUCUGACCUUGAUUUGACAUUAAAUUUUGGUCAUUUCUUAAACAAUAUUCUAUAACACAAAUACAACAUUGAAACAACAUGCUUUUUGACGACGUUUAAUCAAUGUCAGGUUGUGAUGUUGAUUUGACCAUUGAAUUUUGGUCAUUUCCCAACCAAUAUUCUACAACACAAAUACAACGUUGAAACAACAUCUUUUUGACGAUGUUUAAUCAAUGUUGAGUCCUGACGUCGAGCAACUCAAACAUAACGUUGAAACAACAUGCUUUUUGGCGACAUUUAAUCAAUGUCAGGUUGUGACGUUGAUUUGACAUAAAAUUUUGGUCAUUUCCCAACCAAUAUUCUACAACUCAAACAUAACGUUGAAACAACAUGCUUUUUGACAACGUUUAAUCAAUUUUGGGUUCUGACGUUGAUUUGACAUUGAAAUUUGGUCAUUUCCCAACCAACAACGUGGAUCCAACGUUGGACAUCAACAAUGUCUCAAUUUACAAAUACAACUAUUUUGCAACGUUGUUUCAAAGUCAGUGUUAAAGGACACGUACGUAUAAUCAACGUUGUAUACAAUGCCUCGUGCCUGCUGGGUACUGAUCAGCAGUAGCGAUUUUACAUGGCAAUUUCAACACCUCCCAAAUUUGUGAAGGAAACCUACAACCAAGAUGCACGUUACAAUCAAACUGUUGUUGUGUUAUAUAAGUGCGAUACUUACAGUAUUAACACUUUUUAGGGCGCAACAAAAACCAUAAAAACACACAGUAAACUAUAGACUACUGCCAUCUCACGUCUGGGACUGUAACUGCAACUUCAAAUGAUAAUGUGAUGAUAAUAAAAAGAAGAUAUGGACAGCAGUUAUCAUAAUCCUCUCAUUUUUAAAUGUUGCAAUAAAAAACAGAUUUACUAACACACACCCACAAAAGUGAGGGAAAUUGGUAAAGUUGAGUACCCGUAUCAGUUGUUGUGAGAAGUCACAUCUACCUCCAAAGAGGUUGAUGGACACACCAUGACAAAUAACAGUUGCUACCAUCCACUUCCCUCCAAAUAGGAACACUUUUUGUAGACAACAUUUGUUGUAGACAACAUUUGUACUUUUACACAGAAAAUCAUGUGAAAUGUAACAUUUGACCUUUUGUGAAGGCAGCCAUGAGGAGAGAGGGAGGGGUGGAGGAGGCUGCCACCUUUGUGUUUCUCACCUUCUUUACCGAAGUGCUGCCACUCACAACUUUCUUUGGCCCUUAUUUUGCAGUUGUACUCGAUACAAAAAGUACCCAUUGGGUAUUGAUAUCAGCAAAAAAAAAAACAGUAUGAGAUUUUUCUGCUCGCAUCUAAAAUGUUUGCUACCAGCGCGCCGAUACAAGCAGUCCUGUGAUAUCAUGUGUGAUGCAAGCAGUCCUGUGAUAUCAUGUGUGAUACAAGCAGUCCUGUGAUAUCAUGUGUGAUACAAGCAGUCCCGCAGAGUGUUUACUUGUGUGUGAUAUCAUGUGGGGUACAAGCAGUCCUGCAGUGUGUUGACUUGUGUGUGAUACCAUGUGCGAUACAAGCAGUCCUGGCGAUUGUUUACUUGUGUGUGUGAUAUCAUGUGCGAUACAAGCAGUUCUGCAGAGUGUUUACUUGUGUGUGAUAUCAUGUGCGAUACCAGCAGUCCUGCAGAGUGUUGACUUGGGUGUGAUUUCAUGUGCAAUACAAGCAGUGCUGCAGUGUGUUUACUUGUGUGAUAUCAUGUGCGAUACAAGCAGUCCUGGCGAGUGUUUACUUGUGUGUGAUACAAGCAGUCCUGCAGAGUGUUUACUUGGGUGUGAUAUCAUGUGCGAUACAAUCAGUCCUGCAGAGUGUUGACUUGUGUGUGAUACCAUGUGCGAUACAAGCAGUCCUGCAGAGUGUUUACUUGUGUGUGAUAUCAUGUGCGAUACAAGCAGUCCUGCAGAGUGUUGACUUGGGUGUGAUAUCAUGUGCGAUACAAGCAGUCCUGCAGAGUGUUUACUUGGGUGUGAUAUCAUGUGCGAUACAAUCAGUCCUGCAGAGUGUUGACUUGGGUGUGAUAUCAUGUGGGAUACAAGCAGUCCCGCAGUGUGUUUACUUGUGUGUGAUAUCAUGUGCGAUACAAGAAGUCCUGCAUUGUGUUUACUUGUGUGUGAUACUAUGUGGGAUACAAGCAGUCCUGCAGAGUGUUGACUUGUGUGUGGUACCAUGUGGGAUGGAAGCAGUCCUGCAUUGUGUUGACUUGUGUGUGAUAUCAUGUGCGAUAUAAGCAGUCCUGCAGAGUGUUGACUUGGGUGUGAUAUCAUGUGGGAUACAAGCAGUCCAGGCGAGUGUUGACUUGUGUGUGAUACCAUGUGGGAUGCAAGCAGUCCUGCAGAGUGUUGACUUGUGUGUGAUAUCAUGUACGAUACAAGCAGUCCUGCAGAGUGUUUACUUGUGUGUGAUAUCAUGUGCGAUACAAGCAGUCCUGCAGAGUGUUGACUUGGGUGUGAUAUCAUGUGUGAUACAAGCAGUCCUGCAUUGUGUUUACUUGUGUGUGAUACCAUGUGGGAUACAAACAGUCCUGCAGAGUGUUGACUUGUGUGUGGUACCAUGUGAGAUGGAAGCAGUCCUGCAUUGUGUUGACUUGUGUGUGAUAUCAUGUGCGAUAUAAGCAGUCCUGCAGAGUGUUGACUUGGAUGUGAUAUCAUGUGGGAUACAAGCAGUCCUGGCGAGUGUUGACUUGUGUGUGAUACCAUGUGGGAUGCAAGCAGUCCUGCAGAGUGUUGACUUGUCUGUGAUAUCAUGUGCGAUACAAGCAGUCCUGCAGAGUGUUGACUUGUGUGUGAUAUCAUGUGCGAUACAAGCAUUCCUGCAGAGUGUUUACUUGUGUGUGAUAUCAUGUGGGAUACAAGCAGUCCUGCAGUGUGUUGACUUGUGUGUGAUAUCAUGUGCGAUACAAGCAGUCCUGCAUUGUGUAUACUUGUGUGUGAUACCAUGUGGGAUACAAACAGUCCUGCAGAGUGUUGACUUGGGUGUGAUAUCAUGUGGGAUACAAGCAGUCCUGGCGAGUGUUGACUUGUGUGUGAUACCAUGUGGGAUGCAAGCAGUCCUGCAGAGUGUUUACUUGUGUGUGACAUCAUGUGCGAUACAAGCAGUCCUGCAGAGUGUUGACUUGUGUGUGAUAUCAUGUGGGAUACAAGCAGUCCCGCAGUGUGUUUACUUGUGUGUGAUAUCAUGUGCGAUACAAGCAGCCCUGCAUUGUGUUUACUUGUGUGUGAUAUCUUGUGGGAUACAAGCAGUCCUGCAGUGUGUUGACUUGUGUGUGAUACCAUGUGGGAUACAAGCAGUCCUGCAUUGGGUUUACUUGUGUGUGAUACCAUGUGGGAUACAAACAGUCCUGCAGAGUGUUGACUUGUGUGUGGUACCAUGUGGGAUGGAAGCAGUCCUGCAUUGUGUUGACUUGUGUGUGAUAUCAUGUGCGAUAUAAGCAGUCCUGCAGAGUGUUGACCUGGGUGUGAUAUCAUGUGGGAUACAAGCAGUCCUGGCGAGUGUUGACUUGUGUGUGAUAUCAUGUGCGAACAAGCAGUCCUGCCGAGUGUUUACUUGUGUGUGAUAUCAUGUGCGAUUCAAGCAGUCCUGCAGAGUGUUUACUUGUGUGUGAUAUCAUGUGCAAUACAAGCAGUCCUGCCGAGUGUUGACUUGGGUGUGAUAUCAUGUGCGAUACAAGCAGUCCUGCAGAGUGUUUACUUGUGUGUGAUAUCAUGUGCGAUACAAGCAGUCCUGCAUUGUGUUUACUUGUGUGUGAUAUCAUGUGCGAUACAAGCAGUCCUGCAGAGUGUUUACUUGGGUGUGAUAUCAUGUGCAAUACAAGCAGUCCUGGUGAGUGUUUACUUGUGUGUGAGAUAUCAUGUGCGAUACAAGCAGUCCUGCAGAGUGUUGACUUGUGUGUGAUAUCAUGUGCGAUACAAGCAGUCCUGCAGAGUGUUUACUUGUGUAUGAUAUCAUGUGCAAUACAAGCAGUCCUGCAUUGUGUUGACUUGUGUGUGAUAUCAUGUGGGAUACAAGCAGUCCUGGCGAGUGUUGACUUGUGUGUGAUAUCAUGUGCGAUACAAGCAGUCCUGCCGAGUGUUGACUUGUGUGUGAUAUCAUGUGCGAUAUAAGCAGUCCUGCAGAGUGUUGAUUUGUGUGUGAUAUCAUGUGCGAUACAAGCAGUUUUGCAUUGUGUUUACUUGUGUGUGAUAUCAUGUGCGAUACAAGCAGUCCUGCAGUGUGUUGACUUGUGUGUGAUAUCAUGUGUGAUACAAGCAGUCCUGCAGAGUGUUUACUUGUGUGUGAUAUCAUGUGCGAUACAAGCAAAUUGUACUAUAUAUACACUAUAUUGUACUAUAUAUAUACUAUAUGUACACUAUAUUGCCAAAAGUAUUUGGCCACCCAUCCAAAUGAUAAGAAUCAGGUGUCCUAAUCACAGGUCUUCUCCACCAACAUCAGUGUGUGACCUCACCAAUGCGCUUUUGGAAGAAUGGUGGAAAAUUGCUAUAAACACACUCCGCAACCUUGUGGACAGCCUUCCCAGAAGAGUUGAAGCUGUAAUAGCUGCAAAAGGUCAUAUUGAACCCUAUGGGUUAGGAAUGGGAUGGCACUUCAAGUUCAUAUGUGAGUCAAGGCAGGUGGACAAAUACUUUUGGCAAUAUAGUGUAUUUCACAACUUUGCAUGUUCUCUUCAUGCUUUAGAGUGCUGGAUUUAUUCAUUGCAAGACCAUCAUUAGUCACACAAUCACAGGCAAUUCUCUAGAAAUGUUGAAGUUCCUGCUAUAUGUGCGAUCAACCUCUGCCCCGAUUUACUGAAGCUAAAGAGCUAGCAUAAAAUAUUAGCAUACUAACAUUAACUUGUUAAAAUGUUUGUAUUUUUGCAAGAUGGAGACCUGCCUCAAAAAACCCAUGAAUUUUAGGGUUAAAUAAUCAAAAAUUUAAAAAAAAAUGCUAGCAUUAGACAUUAGCUUACUAGUGUUAGCAUGAUAGCAUAGGGAACGCUAACAUACUUCUGAGAUGGCGCCAAGUUUCCAUAGCCAUGA